CUAUCAAAACACCAACACUAUUGUAUUGUAUUGUCCUAAAUUGUUUCAUUUUGUGGCAAGCAUAUGACCAAAUUUGACUUUUAUAUUUUUUGCUUUGCUUUUAUUGCCUGAAUGAGUCUUUUUGGUGAUAAUCACUUUUCUUGCAAAAUGCAACAAUUUCAACAAAUUCGAAUACAAAGUAAUAAUCCUCCUCCUUUUUCUUUUUUUUGUGCUUAACUUCUUGUAGUGAUAUCGAUAUGGGCAGAAACUAUGUCCCCAUUCAAGCUAAGUGGUACAGUAUGGAUUACUGUAAGUUCAACAGAGAUGUGUCCAUCCAAUUUGAGAAUUACGAUGAAUGUUACAAAGCAUUGAAGAAAUUGUGCUCCCAUUAUUUUAAAGAGAAGGAGGGAGGAUGUGCUGAAGUUAACUAUGAGUUGACUCUAAAAGAUGACUCCUUGGUACCAAAUAAUGCCUUUGAUGAAGUGCUCGUUUACCAAUCAGAUGCAACUCAAGCUCUCAACGUCAGAGUGGCAAUGCUUGAGAAAGAAUUCAACACAGUGAAAGAUCUGAUGGAGAAUUCAGAAGUCGUAAAGGGGUCAUCUAUGGCUCGGGCUCUCUAUUACCGAGCGGCGAUGCUUGAGAAGAGAUUGGACACUGUCAAAUCUGUCAUGAAGGGAUUAUUUGGAGCAGAAGGUUACAACGAAGAAUCAACCAGCACUCAGGCUCUUCAGAAUCAUGUGUCAAUGCUGAAUGAGAAAUUGAGCACUCUGAAAUCUGUAUUGGAGGAUCUUAGGAUGAGUACAACUCAGACUCUUGAGAUCCGAGUGGCAAUGCUUGAAAAGGAUGAGAGAUGUCACCGACAAUUCACCUACCGAUCAGCAGGCUCUCAAGUGUUGCAAAAGCUUGACAAUGGAUUGAACACUUUGUAAUGUAGGAAUCUGGUGCUAGUUGUUUGUGUUAAGUUAUUUCGGUACCCUUUAGCUAUUUGUGUAUAAGUUAUUUCAGAAAAUAUACUCUCUAGUUGUGUUAAGUUAUUUCGGUACCCUUUAGUUGUUUGUAUUCAAGUCUGGUAAUCAUCUUGCAAAUUGGCUUUUAGUUGUGAAGAAUGAGUGAUAUGAUUUCAACUCUUUAUUUAUGCUAUUUUAUCUUAUAUAUACCUGUAAUUAUAAUUAUUUCCUCUGUUAAGUGCAUUGAGUGAAAAUUUAGCCUUUUGCAGAACAGGGAGUGUGUUUUCAUUAGAUAUUAUUUCAGGUUGGUUAGUGAAUUUAACUGAUGGUAUUAAUUAAAAAUAUUUUCUUUCUUCUAGUAUAGCAAGAUAAGUCACAGUACCACAAUAUAUGCCCAAGAAGUUUGAAGGCAGAGAUGGUAUUAAGGGGAUAUAAUGAGCUGGUUUCCAAUUGGUGGCUAAAUGUCAUACAAUGAAAACUUAUCUUAUGUUGUAUUUUCAAGGUUUCUUGUAUGUCUGACUCCUCCUUUCUGCUAUGUUUUAAUUUUUUUUUUAUUUUUUUUAAUGUUGUUUGGUUGUUGAUUCUUGUUAGUGGGUUUAAGUGUGUUGAGUUGGCCAUGUGUUUUGUGUUGGGAUUGCAUUGCUACCGGUUGCUUUGUCAUUAGUAUUUCAAGGUGGUGCUAUCGAAACAUAGUGUACAACAAUGGCGAAUUGAAGAAUAAUUCUGCAGCGACGGACUUAAAUUCAAGCCGGUUGAAGAACACUAAGAAUCCAGUAAGUGUAUAUUUUUCCGAAUACUGAUUUGGUUAGGGUUUAGAUUUCUUAUGAUUAUUUUGUUCGAAUUUAGGGUUUAUCGACGGUAAAUUGGGUGUUGAAUUAUGCUUCUAUUUGUUUGUAAUUGUGCUUAGUUGGAUGUUUUUUUUCCCCUGAAAAUUCGUUUGUAAAACUGUUCUAAUGUUUAAUCUGAAUUUUUCUAGUAUUAGAAUUAUACUUACUUAUACACGGGUAGAAUUACGGUGUUUUUGCGGUUUUAAUUACGGUCAGAUUUACACUUUGUUUGGAUAACAUAAAAAUGGAAGGAAAGGAAGGGAAGGGUAAGGGAGGGAGACAAGCACCUUAGGAGGGAGGGAUCCAGUUUCCCUCCUCCUUUAAUAAAGGCAAUCCCUUCAAAAUUGGAGAGAUUUGGAGGGAGAAUGGAGCUCAACAUUUCCUCCAU